AUGCUGCGACUAGAUGCAACAACUAUCCGCCUGGUCCUAUCAGAGGUUGAAGCCUACGGGCGACAACAAGAUUCCAAUGACGAUCUAAGACGAAUAGACAACAACCUAUUAGAUAAAACGGCAUCAUCCAAAGCGCGAUGGCAUUCGUUAUUUGAACGAACAGACUUCCCAUUUACAUACAUUGGAGAGGGAUCGCCUCCUGACACGCGGCACGAUGCUCUUUCCACUUCAGAGUUGUCCCACGAUGACGACGACGACGACGACAAGACCGACAUGACGCUCAGUGGCACUGCCGUUGAGACAGUGGGACAGGCCACCGAGCAAUAUACCGACCCUGCUCCGAGUGUGGCGAUCCCGAGGCUGCCGCUCCCUCCCCCAUUCGCCUCAACACCAAGAACGUCUUCACCAUCUAACCAGCCCGGCAUUCAGUCGGUCCGGUCAUCAGGGGAUAUCAGAGUGAGCGAGGCAAGCCGUACUAUUUACCAAAUGCUCCAUAGCCCCCCUAGACGAUCGCUAGCCGUCACAUCGCCAUAUGAACAUGGCGCGUACCCUGCACCAACCUUGAGAGUAUCGUUACGAAGACUAACCAUCUACGAUGACGCGACACCAGCAGCCGAAAUACGACACCAAAGCCGGCUGCAUGGGUCCCGCACGGCACCGGGCACCAGCUCCCUUGCUUCAGAGACGUCAACCCCCGGUUCAAGUUCGAGUCGUCAUCGAGCGGGAGCGACAAGUCCCACCCGGAUGGACACCCCGGGACGUGUUGGGCCCCUCGGCGGCGGGGAGAACUCGGACGAAGCAGUCCUGUACGAUGCGGAGAUGCGGCGUUGGCUUGUAGGCCGUCGGGUUGCACGAGGCGGACGAGAACAAGGAAAUGACUCGCGAUGAAGAAGAAACGAAUGGUACCAGGGGCUUAGCGGCACGUUGAUCAAGACCAACAUUGGCUCAGAGGUUUGCAUUCGUAGGCGCAUUAGAAGCCCGGGCAUCGACAGACAAACGCUGAAGCGGAGUCAACAGUCACGUUGCGGGUAGCAGAUAGGCAGGAGAUUAUGGUUAUGGGAUACUACAGAUACAACAUCCGUAGAUAGAGACGGAUUUAUGCCGUCUCCCGAGUUUCAGCUUCGUCGUGUUCUGGCUGUCAUUUCGCUUCCUAGCUUGUAUAUCGGCUUGACAAACAAACCUAUUUCGAGCCAGUCUAGACUAUAACCAUUACCACCGAGGCAACAUGAAUAGUAUGUAGUGGAUGGAGGGUAU